CCCCCCCCUCUCUCUCUCUCUGGAAAUCUUUAUAAAAGGUUCCAAACUCCAAAUAAAUGAGGGCUCUUGGCUGCUUGCUAGUUUCUAUUAUUCUUUUGAUUAUAAUUAGGAGAGUGAUUUAGAGGGGGUGGGGGGAGAGGAGAGACAGGACUCUGCUUUGACCUUUCCUCUGUUCAGUUGAUACCUCUUGUUGAGGUUGGUGAUGAUUGGGAUGGAGAUUUGAAAAGAAAUAGAUUGAGGAGAGGAACUUUGCCUUUGCCUUUGCCUUUCCCUUUCCUCUCUCUCAAUUUCAUGUACGGCGAAUUCUUCCCAAAUUUCAGAGCCCAUUAGAGAGAGAGAGAGAGAGAGUCAAGAGAUUGAGAAGAAGAAAUUUGGGUUCGGAAGAUGUUUGGGUGUGAGUGUUUCAGUUGGAAAAGGCGCUCAGAAGAAGACGACUACCCUUUUCAACCGCAGCCCUUUUCCCUGCCUUCGCCCCUUCCUCAAUGGCCUCCAGGUCAAGGUUUUGCUACGGGGACUUUAUGCCUAGGAGAAAUAGAAGUUCGUAAAAUCACUAAGUUUGAGAGCAUAUGGAACCUCAACCAUCUGCGGGGAAAAGAGAAAGGAGUCACAUUUUAUAGACCUGCAGAAAUCCCCGAUGGAUUUUUCAGCCUCGGUCACUACUGCCAACCCAAUGACCAGCCAUUGAGAGGCUACCUUCUUGUAGCCCGAGAGAUUCCUGCAACUGAACAAAAAGUUAGCUGUAUCUGUGAUCCUACAUCACUCUCUCCUGCUCUUAGAAAGCCUCUCGGCUAUAAAUUAGUCUGGAGUACAGAUUCCCAUUACAGUUGUUGUGGAUACGUUUGGCUGCCUGAAGCACCGGCUGGUUAUAAACCAAUGGGUUUUGUGGUGUCCGACAAGCCAGAUGAACCUGCGAUUGAAGAAGUUAGAUGUGUCAGAGAAGACCUUACAGAGACUAGUGAAACUUGUGAGAUGAUGAUGGUGACAGAUUCACGAUUUUUAAAGCCCUCGCUCAAAGUUUGGAGCAUGAGACCGAUCAGAAGGGGGAUGUUUGCCGGAGGCGUUUCUGUCGGGACAUUUUUUUGCACUACUUACGACAGUUAUGGAGAGCUGCUAAAUGUAGCAUGCUUAAAGAAUCUCGAUUCUUCUCUAUGUGCAAUGCCAAACCUGGACCAAAUUCAUUCUCUUAUCGGGCAUUAUGGACCUACGGUUUUCUUUCAUCCGGAUGAGGAGUUUUUGCCCUCCUCGGUUGCAUGGUUUUUCAAAAAUGGGGCACUUCUGUACAAAAUCGAUAGAGCCAAGGGACUGCGUAUUGAUUACAAGGGUUCAAACUUGCCUAGUGGUGGAAUAAAUGACGGGGAGUAUUGGAUAGACUUGCCAGAAGAUGAUGAUCAGAGAAAUUAUCUCAAAAAGGGUAACAUGGAGAGUGCCGAGCUCUAUGUUCAUGUAAAACCAGCUUUGGGCGGAACUUUCACUGAUAUUGUCAUGUGGGUCUUUUGUCCCUUCAACGGACCAGCCACCAUCAAAGCUGGCCUACUAAAUCUUGAAUUGCGCAGAAUAGGUGAGCAUGUCGGCGACUGGGAGCAUUUUACACUUCGCGUGAGCAACUUCACUGGAGAGCUUUGGAGUGUGUACUUCUCCGAGCACAGUGGUGGUGGAUGGGUGGAUGCUUCUGACUUGGAGUUCAUUGACGGUAAUAAGCCAAUCGUUUAUUCAUCGAAAAGUGGCCACGCAAGCUUCCCACACCCCGGCACCUACAUCCAGGGGUCCUCAAAACUCAGCAUAGGAGUGAGGAAUGAUACUGCUCAGAGCAAAUAUUAUGUGGAUUCUAGUACCAGGUAUCAGAUAAUUGCAGCUGAGUAUCUUGGAAAUGAAGCUGUAACUGAACCACACUGGUUACAGUAUAUGAGAGAGUGGGGUCCUACCAUCGUCUAUGAUGCGCGAUCUGAACUCGACAAGAUUAUCAGUCACUUCCCCAUGUUUCUUCGAUUCUCAGCAGAGACCCUCUUCGAAUUGUUUCCAACUGAGAUCUAUGGCGAGGAAGGGCCAACAGGACCAAAGGAGAAGGAUAACUGGAUUGGGGAUGAAAGAUGUUAGGCCUGCAGCAGCCUGCUACACCCAAAAUUUCAUGCCACUCUGUUGUAAGCUCAGCCCAUUUUGCAAUCUUCAUUCAAACUAUUCUCCAUGCAUACAAAACAUCGUGCCCCACAGGUUAGUAGAAUGAAGUAAAACACAAUGGAAGCACUAAGUCGCCAUUCUUUCUGCACCUAUUUUCUCCAGUAUCGAUCUGCUUAUUAGUUGCAGGGAUUGGUUCGGUUGGAGGGAGGAGGUGCUCUUGCUGUUAUAGUGUGCAAGUAGCUUGCAUAUCUUGUAUCCAUGUCCGCAAGAACAAUCACUGAGCAUGUUGUGUUAUCAACACACAUAAUAUGUGCAUUGUAUAUAGAGGGAUUGUUUACGAGUACUUGAGGCUUGUGUCUCUGUCUGUCUGUCUGUCUGUGUAUCUACAUCUUGUAUGUCUCAGACUGUGCAGCACGGCAUGGUCGUUGCUGAGCCUGAGGUCUCCCAUUUGGUAUUAUUGUGGCUUAAGAUCAAGUGUUCUUCGCUUGUACUUGUGCUGAAGAAGAGGUUGAAACAAAGAGCUUCCAUUCUCUCUAGUUGGAAACACUCUUUAACACAAGAGCUUCCAUCUUU